AGGGGUGUGAGAGGGAGACCCAGAGGAGCCGCGGCGCCGCGUGCAGGUGUGACCCUGCCCAGUCCGGGAGAGUCGCUUCAGCCCGACCCUGCGUUCAAGCUCCCCGGUCCCCGCGAGCCCCUAUGGGAGCCAGAGCGCCCGCGCUCUGCUUGCUACUCGCUAGCGUCUGGCUGCCCCGAGCCACAGCCCCCACAGUGCCGGCCAGAGCACAGCCCUCACCCCAGCCAGCCCCGGAACCCAGCCACAGCUCCCCGGAGGUGACCCUUGCCAUCGGGGAUGCCACCACAGUGAUGGGAGGCCAGAAGGAGGCUGAAGCCCUGGACGCCUUGGCCGUGUCCUCCUGGGAAAGGUGGCUCCAUCGGGCCAAGUGUGCCCCGGCUUACUUGUUCUCCUGUUUCAAUGGGGGUGAGUGUGUGCACCCCACCUUCUGUGACUGUAGACGCUUCAAUGCGACUGGACCACGCUGCCAGAUGGUGUACAAUGCCGGCCCUGAGCGGGACAGCAUCUGCCGAGCGUGGGGGCAACACCAUGUGGAGACAUUUGACGGCCUCUACUACUACCUCUCUGGGAAGGGCAGCUACACAUUGGUGGGGCGCCAUGCACCUGAGGGACAGAGCUUCUCCAUCCAGGUGCACAAUGACCCGCAGUGUGGCUCUGCCCCCUACACCUGCUCAAGGUCGGUCAGUCUCUUCCUCGAGGGUGAGCAGGAGAUCCACCUGGCCAAGGAAGUCACCCGCGGAGGUGUGAGGGUCCAGCUGCCACAUGUGAUGGGGGCUGUGCAUCUGCAGCAGCUGGCUGGCUACGUCAUCCUGCGGCGUCAGUCUGCUUUCACGCUGGCUUGGGAUGGGGUCUCCGCUGUCUACAUCAAGAUGAGCCCAGAGUUCCUGGGCUGGACCCAUGGGCUGUGCGGGAACAACAAUGCCGACCCCCAGGAUGACCUGGUGACUAGCUAUGGGAAGCUGACAGAAGAUAUGGCUGAGUUUGUGCACAGCUGGCAGGAGCAGGCUCCCAACCACCCUCCAGGCACCACGACUGCCUCCCUGCCUCGCCCGCCAUGCCUGCAGCAGAGCCCUGGAACCAUGCAGGGUGUAUAUGAGCGCUGUGAGAUGCUGCUGCGGUCCCCCUUUGAUGCUUGCCAUGCCUACGUCAGUCCUCUGCCCUUCACAGCCAGCUGUACCAGCGAUCUCUGCCAAUCAGGGGGUGAUGAAGCUGCCUGGUGCCGGGCCCUGGCGGAGUAUGCCCGGGCAUGUGCCCAGGCCGGGCAGCCCCUACAGGGCUGGAGGACCCAGCUUCGACAAUGCACUGUGCAUUGCAAAGAGAAGGCCUUUACCUACAACGAGUGUAUUGCCUGCUGCCCUGCCUCCUGCCAGUCCCGGGCCUUCUGUGUGGACAGUGAGAUCGCCUGUGUGGAUGGCUGCUACUGCCCCAACGGGCUGAUCUUUGAGGAUGGGGCCUGCGUGGCACCAGCUGACUGCCCUUGUGAGUUCCACGGGACCCUGUACCCGCCUGGCUCUGUGGUGAAGGAAGACUGCAAUGCCUGCACCUGCACUGCGGGCAAGUGGGUGUGCAGCACGGCUCUCUGCCCAGCUGAGUGCUCAGUGACUGGUGACAUCCAUUUCACGACCUUUGACGGCCGCCGGUACACUUUCCCUGCCACUUGUCAGUACAUCCUGGCCAAGAGCCGCUCCUCGGGCACCUUUACAGUGACGCUGCAGAACGCCCUGUGUGGUCUGAACCAGGAUGGAGCCUGUGUCCAGUCAGUAUCUGUGAUUCUGCACCAGGACCCUCGGAGACAGGUCACCCUGACCCAGGCAGGGGAUGUCCUCCUGUUUGACCAGUACAAGAUCACCCCACCCUACACGGACGAUGCCUUUGAGAUUCGGAGGCUGUCCUCUGUGUUCCUUCGGGUAAAGACCAACGUGGGUGUACGGGUGCUCUAUGACAGAGAGGGAUUGCGGCUCUACCUACAGGUGGACCAGCGAUGGGUGGAAGACACUGUGGGCCUCUGUGGCACCUUCAAUGGCAACACGCAGGACGACUUCCUGUCCCCAGUUGGAGUACCUGAGAGCACCCCACAACUCUUUGGCAAUUCUUGGAAAACACUGUCUGCCUGCUCCCCACUGGUCCCCGGCUCCCCACUGGACCCCUGUGAUGUGCACUUGCAAGCCGCCUCCUACGCGGUGCAGGCCUGCAGUGUGCUCACUGGGGAGCUCUUUGCUCCCUGCUCUGCAUACUUGAGUCCUGUGCCCUACUUCGAGCAAUGCCGCCAGGACACCUGCCGCUGCGGACAGCCCUGCCUGUGCGCCACACUGGCCCACUAUGCCCGCCUUUGCCGGCGCCAUGGGCUCCCAGUCGACUUCCGUGCUCGCCUGCCAGCCUGCGCACUGUCCUGUGCGGCUACCAAGGAGUACAGCCCCUGUGUGGCCCUGUGUGGACAGACCUGCCAGGACCUGGCCAGCCCUGAGGCUUGUGGGGUUGAUGGUGGUGCCGACUUCAGCAGGGAUGAGUGUGUGGAGGGCUGUGCCUGCCCCCCGGACACCUAUCUGGACACCCAAGUUGACCUCUGUGUCCCCAGGAACCAGUGCUCCUGCCACUUUCAGGGAGUGGACUAUCCCCCCGGGGACAGUGACAUCCCAUCUCUGGGCCACUGCCACUGCAAAGAUGGAGUCAUGAGCUGUGACAGCAGAGUCCCAGAGGCAGCCUGCCCGGUGGGCCAGGUCUUCGUGAACUGCAGUGACCUGCACACAGACCCCGAGCUGAGCAGGGAGAGGACGUGUGAGCAGCAGCUGCUGAACCUAAGUGUGACAGCCCGAGGCCCCUGCCUGUCAGGCUGUGCCUGUCCCCAGGGCCUGCUCAGACAUGGGGAUGCAUGUUUCCUGCCAGAGGAGUGCCCAUGCACUUGGAAGGGGAAGGAGUAUUUCCCUGGGGACCAGGUGACGUCACCCUGCCACACCUGCUUCUGCCAGCAGGGCUUGUUCCAGUGCACCCUGCACCCUUGUGCCUCCACCUGCACUGCCUAUGGUGACCGGCAUUACCGCACCUUCGAUGGGCUCCCAUUUGACUUCGUGGGGGCCUGCAAAGUGCACCUGGUCAAGAGCACAUCGAAUUUCAGCUUCUCUGUGAUUGUAGAAAAUGUAAACUGCUACAGCUCUGGUAUCAUCUGCAGGAAAUUUAUUUCCAUCAAUGUUGGGAACUCAGUCAUCAUCUUUGACGACGACUCGGGAAAUCCUAGUCCUGAGAGCUUCCUGGACGAGAAGCAGGAGGUGCACACGUGGCAAGCAGGGUUCUUCAUGCUGGUGCAUUUCCCGCGGGAGCACAUCACCCUCCUGUGGGAUCAGAGGACCACGGUGCAUGUGCAGGCUGGGCCUCAGUGGCAGGGCCAGCUGGCAGGCCUCUGUGGGAACUUUGACUUAAAAACCAUCAAUGAGAUGCGGACCCCGGAGAACCUAGAGUUAACCAACCCGCAGGAGUUUGGCAGCAGCUGGGCUGCAGUUGAGUGCCCCGAUACCCUGGACCCCCGGGACCCAUGUGUCUUGAAUCCUCUCCGGGAGCCAUUUGCCAAGAAGGAGUGCAGCAUCCUGCUCAGUGAGGUGUUUACGACUUGUCACCCUGUGGUUGACGUCACUUGGUUUUACUCAAAUUGCCUCACAGACACGUGUGGGUGCAGCCGCGGGGGUGAUUGCGAGUGCUUCUGCGCCAGCGUGUCUGCCUACGCCCACCAGUGCUGCCAGCACGGGGUGGCCAUUGACUGGCGGACCCCCCGCCUCUGCCCUUAUGACUGUGAUUUCUUUAACAAAGCGCUAGGUAAGGGCCCCUACCAGCUGUCCAGUGUGGCAGCCGGCGGGGCCCUGGUGGCCAUGAAGUCUGUGGGUGGUGACAUAGCCCUAGUAAAGGCAGAGGAGGUGGCGCCAGGGGACAUCGUGAGCUUCCUGCUGACAGCUGCUCUGUACAAGGCCACGGCCCACGACCCGGAUGUGGUUUCCUUGGAGGCAGCAGACAGACCCAACUUCUUCCUCUACAUCACGGCCAAUGGGUCUGUGGAACUGGCUAAGUGGCAGGGCGGAGAAGCCUUCCACCACCAUGCCUCCUUCUCGCUGCACCGGGGGACAUGGCGGGAGGGCCUGGUGGCCCUGGAGUCCCUGGCAAAACCUGGCUCCUUCCUCUACGUGUCACGCUCUGUGCUGGCCUUGCGGCACUAUGUGCAUACAGAGGCGUUUCGCAGGGGCACACUCUUCCGCCUUCUGGAUGCCAAGCCCUUGGGGGCUGCCUACCCCAUCUGUGAAUGGCGCUAUGAUGCCUGUGCCAGCCCCUGCUUCCAAACCUGCCGGGACCCAGGAGCAGCCAGAUGCCAGGAUGUGCCCAGGGUAGAAGGCUGUGUCCCUGUCUGCCCCGUCCCCAAGGUCCUGGAUGAAGUCACGCAGAGAUGCGUCUACUUGGAGGACUGUGUGGAGCCAGCUGUUUGGGUCCCCACAGAGGCGCUCGGCAGUGAGACCCUGCCUCCUGGACGAGUGCUGCCCACCCCCAGAGACAAGCGGCCACAGCUGCCACCGGAAACUCCCACGGCCCCCAUGCUCAGGCCAGCCCUCACCCCAGCAGCCCCUCUCACUGCAGCCCUGAACCCCGUGAUGGCAGCCACUGAGGGGCCAGCGCUGGCCCCAGGCCCCACCCAGCCCACCCUGCAGCAGCCACUGGGGCUCACUGCCUCUAACUUCUCUGUCCACACCACAGAGGCCCCCGCCAGCAAGGGAGAAACCGCCAGUGUCUCGGCCACCUCCCACCUCCUGGGAUCCACAUCCCUCCCCUUAUCUCUGCAGACACCCACUUCUGGCAUGGCAUCAGGUGCCAUGGAGACAACCAGGAUGACUGUGACCUCUGCAGGGAGCCCCGAGCUCACAGUCUCCUCCCAGUCCCCCCCUGUACCACGCUUCCCACUCAUGACCAAAGCUGUGACGGUCCCAGGUCAUGGCUCCUUGCCUGUUAGGACGACACUCCCGCCUCCCUCCUUGCCACCAAGUCCCUCCUCUAGGCCUACGGCUCCCCCUGGGGUGACCUCCAGGCCCCCUACCUCCACAGGCUUCCCCAAGGCUUUGCUGACACCUACUGUAACUGAGGUCACAAACAAGACAAGGACCCCCCAGCCCACCCUGGCCCAGAGCAGCACUGCCCCAGCGGUGGCUAGUACAGCCACGGAACAGGGUCUUGUCAGUCCCCUUGCCACCAACGGCCCAGAGGAGGUGCUACCCACAGGGAAGGGUGAACCCGGGCAUGGCCAGCCCAUGGGCCUGCCAGCAUCCCUACCUCCAGGCUCAGUCCCCACUGCACUGCCCCACCCAGCCCUGCACGGCACCACGGCCCCCCGGCCUCCAGCUCUGGCCCCAGAGACCACGGCUGCUGCCAGCCUGCCCACAGCUGCUCAGGGGCUGGGAGCCACAGCCUUCCUGUCUCCAGAGUCAACCCGGCCUUCCCAGCUCCUCUCUGGCCUGCCUCCUGACACCAGCUUGCCCCUGGCCAAAGUGGGCACGUCUGCCCCAGUGGCCACGCCUGGCCCCAAGGGCUCUGUCACUGUCUCUGCACAUCAGGCCACAUCUCUGGCAGUGGCCUUGGCUCUACCUGCUCAGACACUCAGCCCCGCACUGCCUGUCACCCUGGCUGUGGCAGCCCAAGUCCACCCAUCCAGUCAGACUGCCCCUCAGACAACAAGCGUGGCUCCGGGGCUGCUUCUGGGGGCCACAUUGCCAACCUCUGGAGUUGUAGCUGUGGCUGCAGGGGCGGCCCGUACUGCAUCUGUUGUCCCACGAAAGAGCACCACACAGAAAAUGGCCAUCCUGUCCAAACACAUGUCCCUGCCCACUUCUGUCUAUGGCUCUGCCAAGAGUGGGCCCACUGGGCUUACACCAGCCUCAGCCCACACUCCUGCUCCCUUGGUGACUGAGGCUGGCACAGUGCCACUGGUGGCCACAUCCCAUGCCCCCAGCCGUGUCUCAGCCAGGACGGCCUCCCAGGAGAGCUCACUGGUUCUGCUGCCUCAGCUGGUAGAGGCCCAGGGAACCUCAGCAGGACCCCAGCUCCCAGUGGUGCCCCUGGGUGAGGCCACCACCGAGCAGUCUGGGCGCUCAGCCCCGGCCCAUGGCAUUGCAGCAGGUUCAGCUGAAGCCUUGGCCACCCUCGAGGCCAACACGUCUGCCACCUGUGUUCCCAUUGCUGAGCAGGACUGUGUCCGCCACAUCUGCAUAGAAGGCCAGCUCAUCCGUGUGAACCAGUCCCAGCACUGUCCUCAGGGUGCUAGACCCCCUCGCUGUGGGGUCCUGGGCCUCGCAGUGCGAGUGGGCGGGGACCACUGCUGUCCUCUCUGGGAGUGUGCCUGCCGGUGCUCAAUCUUCCCUGACCUGAGCUUUGUGACCUUCGAUGGGACCCACGUAGCCCUGUUCAAGGAGGCCAUCUACAUUCUCAGACAGAGCCCAGACGAGAUGGUCACCGUCCACGUCCUGGACUGCAAAAGUGCCAACCUGGGACACUUGAACUGGCCUCCGUUCUGUCCAGUGAUACUGAAUGUGACUCACCUGGCCCAUCAAGUCACCAUCGACCGCUUCAACAGGAAGGUGAUUGUGGACUCACAGGCUGUGUGGCCACCUGUGAGCAGGUAUGGGUUCCAAAUUGAGGACACAGGCCACAUGUAUGUCAUCCAGACGCCCUCGAACAUCCAGAUCCAGUGGCUGCACAGCUCGGGACUCAUGAUCCUGGAGGCCAGCAAAACCAGCAAGGCCCGGGGCCAUGGCCUAUGUGGUAUCUGUGAUGGAGAUGCAGCCAACGACCUCACCCUGAAAGACGGCUCUGUGGUGGGUGCAGCUGAGGACCCUGCUCCCUUUCUGGACAGCUGGCAGGUGCCCAGCUCCUUGACCUCAGUGGGCCAGACUCGUUUCCGCCCAGACAGCUGUGCUACAGCUGACUGCUCGCCCUGCCUUCGCAUGGUGUCCAACCGCACCUUCAGCGCCUGCCACCGUUUUGUCUCUCCGGAGUCGUUCUGUGAGCUGUGGAUCCGGGACACCAAGUACGUCCAGCAGCCCUGCGUGGCACUGACCGUGUAUGUGGCCAUGUGCCACAAAUUCCAUGUGUGCAUCCAGUGGCGGCGCUCUGACUACUGCCCCUUCCUAUGCUCCAGCGAGUCCACCUACCAGGCAUGUGUGGCGGCCUGCGAGCCCCCCGACACCUGCCAGGAUGGGAUGCUGGGCCCCCUGGACCCUGAGCAGUGCCAGGUGCUGGGCGAGGGCUGUGUCUGUGCUGAGGGCACCGUCCUGCACCGGCGUUGCUCCUCGCUCUGCAUCCCUGAGGACAAGUGCGCCUGCACCGACAGCAUGGGGGUGCCGCGGGCCCUGGGCGAGACCUGGAACAGCUCUCUCAGUGGCUGCUGCCAGCAGCAGUGCCAAGCCCCAGACACCAUCGUCCCAGUGGACCCGGACUGCCCAGGGCCCCGGCUAGAGAGCUGCCCACGCUUUGGGGAAGUGGUCCUGCUCCUUCCCACUGAGGACCCCUGCUGCCUGGGGACUGUCUGCGUGUGUAACCAGACUUUGUGUGAGGGCCUCGCCCCUACCUGCCGCCCAGGCCACAGACUCCGCACGCACUUCCGGGAAGACUCCUGCUGCCCCAGCUACAGCUGUGAAUGUGACCCUGAUGUGUGUGAGGCACAGCAGGUGCCCAGUUGCCGCCAGGACCAGACCCUGAUUGCAGGCCGCCUGGGGGAUUCGUGCUGCACCUCCUACUUCUGUGCCUGCGGCGACUGUCCAGAUCCCAUUCCUGAAUGCCAGGAAGGGGAGGCGCUCACCGUGCACAGGAACACAACAGAGCUCUGCUGCCCGCUGUACCAGUGUGUGUGUGAGAGCUUUCGCUGUCCUCAAGUGCAGUGUGGCAUGGGCACAGCCCUGGUGGAGGUGUGGAGCCCAGACCGAUGCUGCCCCUACAAGUCCUGUGAGUGUGACUGCGGCACAAUCCCCGUGCCCCGGUGCCAUCUGUGGGAGAAAUCUCAGCUGGACGAGAAGUUCAUGCACAGUGAGGAGAAUGUGUGUGGCUGCGCCAAGUAUGAGUGUGUGAAAGCCCCUGUGUGUCUGAGCCGUGAGCUGGGGGUGCUGCAGCCAGGCCAGACGGUGGUAGAGCUCUCAGCAGAUGGCGUGUGCCACACCUCCCGCUGCACGGGCCUGCUGGACCCCCUCACCAGCUUCUACCAGAUCAACACCACCUCCGUGCUGUGUGACGUCCACUGUGAGGCGAACCAAGAGUAUGAGCACCCCCGGGACCUGGCGGCUUGCUGUGGCUCCUGCAGGAAUGUGUCCUGCCUCUUCACCUUCCCCAAUGGCACCACCUCCCUGUUCUUGCCUGGGGCAUCCUGGAUCGCACACUGUGCCCGCCACCACUGCAGCAGCACUCCCCUGGGUGCCGUGCUUGUGCGCUCUCCCAUCAGCUGCCCCCCACUCAAUGAGACCGAGUGUGCCAAGGUUGGGGGCUCCGUGGUCCCUUCCUUGGAAGGAUGCUGCAGGACAUGUAAGGAGGAUGGGCGCUCCUGCAAAAAGGUGACCAUCCGCAUGACCAUCCGCAAGAACGACUGCAGGAGCAACACACCUGUGAACCUGGUGUCCUGUGACGGGAGGUGCCCGUCCGCCAGCAUCUACAACCACAAUGUCAACACCUAUGCCCGCUUCUGCAAGUGCUGCCGUGAGGUGGGGCUGCACCGACGCUCCGUACAGCUCUUCUGCACCACCAACGCCACCUGGGUGCCCUAUACAGUGCAGGAGCCCACUGACUGCGCCUGCCAGUGGUCCUGAGGCUGGGGCCUGGGCUUGCUGGGCCACCACUACCACCUUCAUGUUCCAGGUGGCCCAGUGUGGAUGGGGGAGGAGGUUAAAGUGGCGGAGUGCUGGUCUGAGCUGAGCAUGGGGUGGUGGACAGAAGCUCCAAGAAGGACCAGAACUGGCCGCCUUUCCCAUCCUGGCUCCCUGUCUGCCUGCCUCUCCACCUCCACAUAAGGAACAGUGUUCAGCUCUGUCCCUGGCUGGAGGUUGGGAUCAGGCUGCAGAUCCAGGGCAGCAGGACCCUGCACAUCUGCGACAGUGGCUGCAGUUCUUGGUGAAGGGGGUGAGAACUUUCUUAGGAGCUGGGACCAGAGUUGACCCCAAUCCAAACUUAGGAUCAGGAUGAGCUGCCCGGGUCCUUUUUUAGCCCUUUCGACCAUGGGAGAAACAGACACAGUGAAAGGAAAGGGGCUCUAACUGCAGCCUCAGGCCUGUACAGAGCUUCCAAGGAAGACCUCGCCAAAACAACGAAGGUGUACUUAAGGAGCCCAGGUCCUCUCACAGAGGCGCUCGAGACCAAGUACAGAGACUGAGGGGUGGGCUCAGUGCCUGUCAAGUUCUCUCUCCCUCCAAGAGGGAUGCUUGAUGUUCUGGUAUCGACCUUGUAAUUCAGGAAGGGAUUUAGAAGGGUGGACCCAGGCCUGUGUCUCUGUAUGGCUCCUUCAACCCCAAGCCACCCAUCCUGGCAGAUUGGCUGCCUUGUGAGUUGCUGGUGGGAGGAAUGAGCUCCUCAGCAAGGACCCAGCACUAGUCACCCAGAUGUUGGGGACAGUCCACCUGGAGGCUGUGUGAUGGGUACUCUGAGCCUGCAGGUGCAGCUCCUGACUCUGCCAUGUGCCUUUUCUCCAAGGACACAGCAGAGUUCAUCUCUGGAGAGGCCUGAGUGUGUCCCUUGUGUCUCAGCCAACUCCAGGCUCUGUGCUCUCUGGGACUGUUUAGCAGAAAAGCGUCUGUCAGUGGAAAAUGCAGCCCAGUCCAUGUGCACCCAGCAUCCCUCAGCACCUGUCAGAGGCUUGUUUCCAAACCACAGUGCCCUCCCUAAACCCAGGGCAGGAGAGCUCAGCCACACUUGUCUCCUGCCCUCUUUGUAUACCACUGGGUCCAAAGGGCAUAGACCUGGUGUUAUUUGGGCUCCAGCUCUGCCCCGAUGUGUACAGAUGUGUGGCUGUCCUUGUGCCCCUUCGGAUGAGAAGGCUAUCCCAGGAUGGCCCCCAGCUGUUCCCACAGCCUCUCUGCCCCUGUAACUGUAUUCUACUUGUGUAUCAAUAAACCACAGGAAGACUUUAGGCUUCAAGCAUUCCUGAGGACGCCAGGUUUGCUUCGACUCUGAAGGAAUGUCCACUGGGAAGAGAAAACCCUAUUUUAUGGUCCCGGAGGCCAACUCUACUUCUCCUGCCCCACUUCUGGCCAGCACAGUGUCCCACACAGAGCAGGCCCUAAGUGGAUGCCUGCUGGUUGGGACUGAACUGACCAGAGACUGGCUUCUAGGGGAAGGGGGUAGGAAGAAAGAAAAGGACAUUUGGAACAACAGGGAGCUGACAUCCAAAAAAGGGGCCUGAGCAGUGAUCCCAUCUAGAGACCUCCCAUAUAGGAUGCACAUGGGACAGAGCUGAGUAGGUUUCCUGGAGACCUCUCAGUGUUUUGUGUUGAUUUCCCUCUUGUUCGCCCAAAGAAUGAAGUCAGUUUUUG